CAGCCGUGAGCUUCAUUGCUGUCGCUGGUCUUUGGAAUGGCGCCCCACUGGAGUACGAUUUGGCUGGUGUGUUUUGGACUGAUGACUGUCAUAAUAGAGGCAAGAAGCACACGGCAACAUGUACAAGGCCGUAAAUUCGACUGUCACUGUCAGGACACACCCUGUCACUCCCCGAUGGACUGUAGAGGAAAUUGUGACCCAGGCUGGUAUGGAAGCUACUGUCAAAAACAAAAUGUGGCGCUAAAUCGCACUGCGACACAAAAAGGUAUUUACCAGACUUACCAUGCUGAUAAGGCUGUGGACGGCAACACCAAUACAGACUUCAAGUCCGGGACAUGCUCACAUGCUGCAGCAGGGGAACAAAACAGGAACUCUUGGUGGAAUGUAGCACUGUCAACAGACCACCAGAUAAAAUAUAUCACAAUCUACAAUCGGAAAGACAAUGCCAACAAGUACAGAAGGAAGGGAAUGGAAGUUCUGGUAGACGGGAGGUCUUGUUUCAAAUGGCCUAAGGCAGGUCUCCCUCCAACCGUCUGGAAUGUUACCUGUGACAAAACUCUGACAGGAAGAAAUGUCACCAUUACAAUCCUUGCAGACUCCCUCAGCCUCUGUGAAGUGCAGGUGUUUGUCUGUAGUGACUUCUGGUUCGGAGAAGACUGCGAAAAGCAGUGCAACUGUUUCGACGAGUCUGAGAUUUGUGACAAAGUGGUAGGUCAGUGUAGAAGUGGAUGUCCACCAGGAUUUAAUGGAACAGACUGUCUUCAAGAGUGUGUGAGUGGAACCUAUGGCUUCAACUGCUCUCACGCGUGUGGACAUUGCCUGAACAACACCUUCUGUGUCAGAACUAACGGCACAUGUCACCAAGGCUGUGAUGAUGGGUGGACCGAACCUGCUUGUGACAAGGCUUGCGAUGGCAAAUAUGGUAAGAACUGUGCAUCGGACUGUGGACACUGUAACGGAACUAACUGCAACCACGUGGACGGCAGCUGCCCAGUGGGCUGUCAACCAGGUUGGAAUGGAACGACGUGUAAAAUGAGGCUUCAAGGUUAG